AUGCUCCUGCAGCUGCUGCUGGCUAUGCUGUGGGGUGGCUCCCGGGCUCUGGACACACGGUACCGGCUGCAGGUGCAGAGGGAGGUGAGGGUGCAGGAGGGGCUGUGUGUGCUGGUGCCCUGCUCCUUCUCCUACCCCCGGGAUGGCUGGGACGACUCCACCCCAGCUCUCGGCUACUGGUACAAAGACAGAAGGGUCUCCAUGGCUUCUGAUUAUGUGGUGGCCGUUAACAACCAAAAGAAAUGGGUGCAUCGGAGCACCCAGGACCGGUUCCAGCUGGUCGGUGACCCCCAGAGCAUGAGCUGCUCCCUGCUGAUCAAAGAAGCCAAGCAGGAGGACAGUGGACAGUACUACUUUAGGGUGGAGAGAGGCAGCCAAGUGAAGUUUAAUUACAGAAACUUCGAGUUCUCUCUGGAAGUGACAGCCCAGCCACAGGAGCCAGACGUCUACAUCCCAGAGACCCUGGAGCCCGGGCGCCAGGCGACGGCCAUCUGUGUGACUAGAGGCAGCUUUGAGGGCUGCCCUACUCCCACUGUCUCCUGGAGGGAGACUGCCCUGUCUUCCCUGGAGCCGGGGACCCCCCACUUCUCAGUGCUCACCCUCACACCCAGCCCCCAGGACCACGGCAGCAGCCUCACCUGCCGGGUGGAAUUUUCCAGAAGGGGCGAGAGUGCAGAGAGGACAGUGCAGCUGAGCGUGGCCCAUGCCCCCAGGAACCUGGAAAUCAGCAUUUCCCUUAAUUCAGCAGCUGUGGAGCCCCAGACAAGAGGCUCAGAGCUCUCCCAUCUGGACGCCAGGCAAGGCCAGGCCCUGCGGCUGCUGUGUGAGGCAGAGAGCCUGCCCCCUGCCAUUCUGAGCUGGACUCUGGGGGGCCGGGUCCUCUCCUGGUCGCAGCCCUGGGGCCCCCGCGGCCUGGCGCUGGAGCUGCCCUCACUGAAGGCGGGGGACUCGGGGACAUACACCUGCACAGCCGAACACAGGCUGGGCUCCCUGAGCCGCACUCUGGAGCUCUCUGUGCAGUACCCUGCCAACUGGGAGGUGGGGCCCUCAGCCCCAAACCCAGGGCCUUGGACCCUCCCUGCCAGGAAGAGGUUUGGAGCUGCAACAGAUGUCUGUCCUGUCACAGCCCCCUCCCCAGCAGAGCAGGAGCCUGGAACUAUUUCAGAUGCCCCAAAGAGCCUCACGGUGGAUGUCUCCCAAGGAAACAACACAGGGAGCCCAGAGCCCCUGGCAGAGCUGGUGCUGGUGGCCAUCUGGGAAGCUGCUAUCAAGUCCCUGCUCCUCCUCCUCUGCCUGGUCAUCCUGCUGCUGCAGACCCACAGGAAAGAGGGGGGUCAGGCCCCUCAGGGAGCAAGAAAGAUGCAACACCACCAAGUACUGACCUCUCAGCCACCAGGUUCCAGACGCUAUCAGGAUGCCGGCCAGGCUUCCCUGGACUGAAGACCCCACCAAUGUUUCCUGGAACUCCGCUUCCCCAGAGACCCACCCUACUAGGGAAAGAGAGAGGCAGACUGGGAGUAUGGACCGUCCAGUCAACGCCCAUGUUCAGCGGGGAAGCAGUUACAGAAGCCAGACCUUCCACC